GAAGCUAAAUCGGUGCACCUGUCUCAGCCUAGUAUCGUUCUCGUGUCCGACGCGGGCUUAUCAUGCUGCGUGAUAGAUAGCCCCUGCACGCAUUUCUUAACGACGCACAAAACCUACUAGCACUCUCAACGUUGCCCCUCAAACAAAGUUCGGGCUCGUGACAUAUGAACAGCUAAAGCGUCACUGCAACACUUCUUAAAGUAGCUCAAGGGACGCUCAACAUGCGGUCGUCUCUGGCAAUCCUUGUGGCGCUGAUCUCAAGCGCUUGCGUUUGGCUAAACAAUGUAGACACCCCGCUGCCGUACCCGGCUCACCAUCACAAGGUGGUGGACCUGGAUCCUGCCAUGCUGCCAACCAACCCCUCACCGCUGGAGGGCGUGUACGCUCCCAAUGAGCUGCUACGUAAGGCCCACCGCCUGUUUGAUGGUGUCGUACAGUCGUCAGAGCAUGUGGAGGUCUCCCCCGGCGGUAACCUCACCCUGAUGGACAAGUACGGUUACGUGUACGAGGCUGAGCCUGCGAAGAAUGUCCCCAACGCCGUGUUUCCGGACGAGUGGGCUCUGGACCUGCCCCCGCUAGCCUACGUGGGCCCGGGGCGACCGCUGGGCUUCCACCACGAUGCGGAGGGGCGACUCGUCUUCGCAGAUGCGCUCAAGGGUCUCAUGCGGCUGGACAAGCGCAGCGGGGUGCUGCAGGUGCUGGCCAACCGUGUCAGCCCCGACCCGCCCUCCUCACCCGACAGCAACCAGGCAGCAGCCGCCGGCAGCCCCCUCACCUACGUCAACGCGCUGGACAUCAGCCGGCAGGACGGCAGCAUCUACUUCUCCGACUCGCAGGCCAUUCCUGUGGGUCUGUCCCCCGAGCCGGAGCCCUUCUACGACACCUUCCGCUCCUACCUUCUGGG